GAGGAUUUGAAGCUUCGAUCUGAAAAAAAUCGUCUCACCUCACCACCAGCUUAAAUCUGAAUCCGAUUGUUUUUUCCAAAAUCCGACAUCUCAUAUCCCUCUGCAAUUACCGGCGACCAUGUCAUCUGCAACAUCUCCGCCCAUACUCCUCCCAAUCUCCAACUCCAACUCCAACUCCGAAUCCCAACCCCCCAUUGCCACCCCUGCCUUCCGCGCUUUCAUCAACCACCUUUCCGAGUCUCUCCGCCACGGUCUCUCCCAGCGCCGCCCCUGGACCGAGCUCGCCGACCGUUCCGCCUUCUCUAAGCCCGACUCCUUCUCCGAUGCCGCCCUCCGCAUCCGCAAGAACUACUCCUACUUCCGUGUCAACUACCUCUCUGUCAUUGCCCUCACCCUCGCCUUCUCUCUCCUCUCCCAUCCCUUCUCUCUCCUCGUCCUCCUCGGCCUCCUCUCCUCCUGGCUCUUUCUCUACCUCUUCCGCCCCUCCGACCAGCCCCUCGUUCUUUUCGGCCGCACAUUCUCCGAAAAAGAAACCCUCGGCCUCUUGACCGUCACAAGUAUCUUCGUCAUCUUCCUCACUACCGUCGGAUCACUCCUCAUCUCCGCUCUCCUAGUCGGUGUCGGCGUUGUCUGCGUCCACGGCGCCUUUAGGGUUCCCGAGGACCUCUUCCUUGACCAGCAGGAGAAUCCUGCCUCCGGGUUCCUCUCCUUCCUCAGUGGUGCCGCCACCAACGCCGCCGUUGCCGCCGCACGGGUGUGAUUCGAUAGAUCCGGAUCUAUAUAGAGUUCAAUCGUUUGGUACACAGAAUUAUAAAUACGAAGUUUCAAUUCUUUUAUUUGAUUUUGACGAAAUUCCAUAUACACUGUAUCUCCGAACGUUUAUUCAAUUUUUUGAUAGAAUGUGAAACUUUUGGUGGUGGAUCUGUAACUUCUUUAUAUUUGUUUUAAACGAUUCAAUGUGAUUCGAAUUUAAUGUUUCAGAUUUUUGGGUAUGAAUUUCUAAAUUCAAGUUA